AUGGUAGACCGUUAUAAGUGGUUGAAGACCCAGCGCCGAGUGACGUUCCAUCUUCCAGAUGGUUCCCAGGAGAGCUGCAGUGACAGUGGGCUGGGUGAUCCAGAGCCAAGUAGUACGGCCAGUACCUCCCAGGCCUUUCCGCUCAGCUUCCCCCAUGAGGAGUAUUACGAGCAAACAUCACCUAACAGUCGCACAGAGGGAGAUGGAAACUCAGACCCGGAAUCAACCAUCGAGGUAAACCUCCAGAAAGCUUUGGCUGAGGCGUCUGAGACCUGUACCCAAGAGUGUCUGAUACUGGGCCACUCUGACACUUGCUGGAUGCCACCAACCCUCACCCAGUUCCAGAGUCCGACAAGCGGAAGUCCCGCCUCCACCCCUACCUCUGUUGCAAUCUCCGGUACGCUCCCCUCUUUUGGCUUCCAGCAGAGCUGUGCCCGGGGAGUCAAGGUUAACAUGGGCAGCCUUGGUACCAUGGAUGGGCGGCACACGUUGGGAAGGUCUGUGCCUAAAAAAGACGAGCUGGACAAAGUGCAUAACCGGCCGCAGUUCUACAACACCUUGGAGAGACACUGCAGUAAGAAGGAGGACACUGUCAAGGUUAUCCCCUUGGCGAGCUUUUCAUCUCCUGGAAAGCAGACGCCGACCGGCAUUGGUAGUGGCUCCUUCCUACAUGAGCACCAGCUGUAAGAACAUUGGCCCGACAUCCUGCACAUGUGACUCCAUCCACAUGUAUGGAUGGUAUGGAUCAUUUUGACGAACUGUGACAGCGUGGGUUUACUAAUGGGAACAUCUAACAAUGGAUUUCACCAUGAGAUUUUGAAACAGUCGUAUCCUAAUAAUAAUGUGGGGACAGUCUGAGCGCUCAAACCUUUCAAAUUGAAUGUUUAACAUCCAUUGUCAUUGAUCCAUGAAUAGCUAUAUUAGCCCUGACUGCAAAAAAACUCCACCAAGGCCUAACACAGGAUCAGCAGCAAACCUUCAAAGAUACCCAACUGUUGCUUAUGCCAGGAUUGAUAAGGUUUUGAAAAAAGGACAAAUCUAUAUCACAAUGGCAACGUAAGUGGAGCACUCACUCUUUCAUGGAAAAACUUACUUCGUGGCCCAUGCCUCAAUCCGCCACAAUUUGGUGGCAGAAGGUUAAGCAGUUUUUUGCAACUCCUGCAAACUAACAAAGGAACAACAAUGCACAGCGAACCUUUUUGGCUGAGGAAAUAAACAUAGUACCAAAGUCGUUUCAGCACAGAAAAAAAAAACCUGUGACUUUUGCUUUGAGUAUGUAAUUUGUGGUUAGUAAUAUAGUGGAACAUUGUACUUAUACUCCUUGUGCCCAUCUUUGUGCAACUGUCCUUAAAGACCAUUUACUCAUGCAUGCAGAAGAAAAUGCAAAUACACUAUGUUGAGUCUGUUGAGUAAGCUAAUUUGGGCUAAAUGCUAAUUAGAGGCCCAGGGUGGUGUUUCUAUUUGAGAUCUAGUGAAAUAUUACUCUGUAUAAUAUGCAGCACAAACUCCUUUGGUGGUGGAAGAUGUUUCGUUUGUCUUGCCUGAACAUGUUACAGAAGUCUAUUUUGGUCGGGAGGACUGAGGAAAGAUUUAGGAGGGAGAAAAAAAAAAAACCUUUGAGAAGCAUAACUAGGCCAAUGGUAGACAGCACUGGUAAUCUUUUUUGCAUUCUUUUCACCAAGGACCGGUAAAAUCAUGAACACUAGCACAACCAUAUCCAAGAUGUUUCCCAUAUGCUGUAUGCUGCACCUCUCUGCCAUUAAGAAAGUGCUUGCUGUUCAAAGUUGUCUCGUUAUCUCUCCUUGAAAUGUGCAGAUGGAUGUGCUUUGGAAAGGUGAGAGUCCAACCCCACCCCCUCAUUUCCUUUUGUUCCUUUGGUCAUAUUUUGCUGCUUAUAAUCCGCCACAUAACACAAAACCAUUGAAGCAAUUUAUGAAAUUCUUCGUCUAGUUACUUUGAUGUGGGAAGUUGGUAGAUACCCUAAUCAUGGUUAAGAAGUCUAUAGGACUGCUCGCUGGGCUAACAGCGGAAUGUUCUCGCGACUUGCACCAACAAUGAUAAGGUGGUAAGACCUCAAAAAUAUCUUCGUAAUAUGCUAGCAGUCUUCCAGUGUCAUUACUAACUCCCAAUAGCUUGCUACUAAUUACCAUUAUAAAAUUCAAUUUAGCUGUGUUUCAUCAUAUGUGAUUAUCAAUACCUGUUAAUGCUGACAUUACUGUUCGCAGUGCAAAACUUUAUUUUACAUUUUCAUUUACUAGUUUUUUUUUUUUACAGUGUACUGACAUUACUGUUCGCAGUGCAAAACUUUAUUUUACAUUUUCAUUUACUAGUUUUUUUUUGUUUUUUGUUUUUUUACAGUGUACCAUGAUAUGACCAGUGACCAGAAAAAGGGAAAAAAUGCACACGUCAAUGACGGUUGAGACAAUGCAAAACACUCCAAAUCAUCCGUGUAAACUGUGCUGAUGAUGAUAGCUGCUCCAACAUAACUACACUAGAACAGAUUGGGUGCAGUAUAAUCUAUUGCAACCACAUUAAGUGUCUCCGCUUCCUACAAACACCCAAGCCAGGUGUCUAAAUCACCAAGUAUAUGAUUCAUUUCCCUGUACCAUCUUGCAAAUUGGGAACAGCUCUGCAUCUCUAAUGUUUUGAGGCAUUCUUUGGAGAGAGUGAAAAGCAAACUGUUUGCAUGCAGGCCGCCUCUGCAACUUUUCUUUAAGACCAUCUGGGGUCAAGGAUCUGAUUCUUGUAAAGAGGCCACAUCCAAGAUUUCGACAAAUGAUCACAUAGAAUGAGUUGUGUCAUGGACAGGGAAAUGAGUCCGUUCAAUUCUCCCUGAGGUAAUUAUGAAAAUAAAUGCAAUAAAAAAGACAGCAUUUUAAUCAAUCUUCCUAAACAACAGUUGAUGAUGAUGAUGAGCUCCCUGUUUGAGAUUACCCGAUUUUCUUUCGUCCAUCACUUUUCAUCUAAUUUCUUUGCCGUUGAAAACACAAAUCUUUGCAAAUGGCACAAACAUAUUCAGUCAACGGCGCACAUAUCAUUGGGAACAUCAUACUGAUUGAGUGAAAUUGCUUCUGAAAGGGCCAUUUUAAUCUAUGUUUACAGAUUGUCGACAUUCAAAAACAAGACAUUAAACAAAAAUAAUGGUUUUUUUAACAAUUUGGGGGAAUGAGGACAUGCAUUAUUCUUGUUGGACUAUUAGAAAGAUGUCGCAGGAAAUUGUGCCCUCCCUCAUAUCACAGAGGGAGAGAAUAUUCAUAUUCAAUGAGACACUGUCACUAUGUCAUAAGAAAAGAUCACAAUGAAUAUCAUUUAUCCAAUCAUGUGUAAAAUAUGCACAAUAUUUGGGUAUAAUAUUAAAUAUGUUUUCUUCAAGGUGUUAUCUUGACAAUAUAAUGUGCAGUCAAGUUGCAGCGGCAGCAUUACUGUGCCAAUUAAACGCAUUGGUAUGUUGUGGGUUUGGAUUCUAAAAUGAUGUUUUUGGUUGAUUUUGUAAAUUUAUCCUCUUUUAUUUCUCUCAACAGAAAGCAAAACUAGCAUUGAGAAUUUACUCUUUUAUUUUUAUCAGCCUAAAUAUACAGUUGAAGUAGUCAGCAAUCACAGACUUUCCACUCCAUGCUUCAGAUCUCAUUGUAUUUUCCUUGUUUCUCUUUUUGCAAGCUCACUGCUCAAAACAGUUCAAAAUAGCUACAGAUGCACAACAGAAAAGACAAUGCCUUUACAUUUGAAACAAAUCUCACACUCAACCUGUGGUAUAAUUUGCAUGAACUGUUUUGACUCCCACGAGGCGUUUUAGACUGUAUUGUUGAUGCAUCCAUCAUUAGAUUCGGUGUCAGUAUUAAUGUUAUCUGCUCUACUUGUUUGUCUUAUGAAACUAAACCAAUGUUAAAUGGAGAACACACAUUCAAAUGUCUUAAUGUUUUGCAUACUACUUGGGUUUCCAAGUAUACACAAGUUAUAGGUAACACUGACAUCACAUUGUACAUAGCACCCCUAAGAACAAUAUUACUAAUGGACACACUAUAGUAACUGUUAAAGCCAGGGGCAAGACACAAUGUGGAAAUGGAAAAAUGGGGUAAAAGGAGAAUAUAAGAAAAGAUGAGAUGACAAUCUCUGUUGCAAUGUAAAUGGAUGUGUAUAAUAAUAAUAAUACAUAAUAAUGUGAGGGUGUGUGCGUGUGUGUAUGAGUGUUUGUGAGGGCAAAUUGGCAUAUACCUUUUGCCAUAAUAAUGUAUGUCCAUUCAUGUAUCUUGUACAAAGUCUACAUCAGAAUAUGAUAAGUAUAUGCUUGUAAAUUAGUUACCAGUGAGUGAAGUUAUGUUUGCUUUGAGAAGGCUUCAGUGCUUGCCAGCAAAUCUGUAUUGGUCAUUUAAAUCUAUAAAGUCUGUGUUGUUAUGCCUUUGUAAGCGAUACCAUUUAAUAUUAUAAAAAUGACUUCGAUAUAGUGAAAUGUUUGAUCUUGGUCUUUGAAUUUUAACUGCGCCAUUAAAUAUUGA